AUCUGAAAUUCAACCAGACCGUCAAUUCCAAAAACCCAAAGAAAUCAAAACCAGGCAAAGUUCUCUUUUUCAAUUGGAUAAUUCAAAGAAUUAUUCUGCUGAUUCCAAAAUCAAAAUUGAGAAGAAGAUCAGAAAAAGAUGGGGAUCAGAUUCGUAUUAAUGGUGAAUAAGCAAGGGCAAACUCGGCUGGCUCAGUACUAUGAGUACCUCACUUUAGAAGAAAGGCGUGCUCUUGAGGGUGAAAUUGUGCGUAAAUGCCUUGCUCGCAAUGAACAGCAGUGUUCAUUUGUGGAGCAUCGUAAUUACAAAAUCGUGUACAGGCGGUAUGCGUCACUCUUUUUCCUGGUUGGAGUUGAUAAUGAAGAAAAUGAACUUGCUAUUUUGGAAUUCAUUCACCUGUUAGUUGAAACCAUGGAUCGUCAUUUUGGCAAUGUGUGCGAGCUGGAUAUAAUGUUUCAUCUUGAAAAAGCACACUUCAUGCUGGAGGAGAUGGUAAUGAAUGGGUGUGUUGUUGAGACAAGCAAGGCAAACAUCCUGGCUCCAAUUCAGUUAAUGGAAAAGGCAUCAUAAGUAAUACACUCUAAUCCAUGGAAUUCGUAAUAAACCGAUUUGCUUGUGUAGUGUUUAUGUUUUGGAUUUGUGCUGGUAAAACCAUCCUUAGUUUUGUUGUGGCAAAUGCUAAAAUUAUGAGAGGGUACAGUUCUUUGAUUGUUUAGUCAUUAUCAAUGGAGCUUCCGGUUAUUUCA